UGCAUAAUAUACUGAACUGUUUACACAGUUGACCGAAACAUCUGUCUACAUUGAGGUUUCAGUAUAUCCAAGAGUGUUUUUAGGUGGCAAUACUCAAUUUUGAGUGUAUUCGCCAGUAGAGGUACACAAAAUCAAAUUCUUUCUUUCUUUUUUUAAUGUUCUAUGUUCUCGUGUAACUUUUUUAAAGUAAAUUAUUAUAGUUGGUUUUAUUUAUUAACUAUUAAGUAAUGACAGAUAUUUUUAAAAAUGGUUUAUAGACUAAUCUCGAUUAGCUGCAGGUACAAGUUAUAAUACGUUUGCGAGUGAAAUUAUACUGAAAUGUUCAAAAGUUGUUACCGAUGCUGUUUAUUUUAUUUUGGUUUCGGUCGUCGUUCCGAAGACGUGGGCCUCAAUCUAGGGCUGUUGGAAAAUGGAAACUCGGUUGCCGGCAGUACCGAACACUACACUGUUCAAAAGAUAUCGAGUUUUGGUCGACAUAUUUCUCACGACGAGGAUGGACUUUCUGUGUCAGGUUUUACGAGCGAUGGCGAAGACGAUGACCCUCCGCCGAAAACACAAACCAUGAAGAAAAGAGGAAAAUGGGGAAAACCAAUGAAUAAACCCAAAGAUCCAAAAACUCCAAAUUCAUUCCAAACACUAGCUGGUGUCAGUAUGAUGAUGUUACAGCCUAUAACAGCGGGAGCUGGUUCUACUUCCACGCCAGACUUGAGUUUAACAUCUAGUAAAAAAGAAUUUUCGAAGAAAGAGGAUAAGAUGGAUUAUCUUUCUCCUGCAUCAUGUAAAGAAACUACAGGUUGGCUUAAAUCUCAGAGUAUGCAGGAUAUGACCUCAACUACAGACUCCGAUAGUUUUGCAUUAUCGUCAAAAAGUGCCGACGACAAUACAUCAAGUUCAACUGCACGUCCUCAUCGUUUUGGAUCAGUUGCAACAUCUAUGAUUAAUGUCACUAGUAGAUUGACAUCAAUAAGAUCAAAAUCUAGUGAGGUGGUUUCGAAUACUUGGAAAACACCAGUAGACAAUGCGCCUCCGGUUGAUCCUAAUGCACACCAAGAACAAGCUUAUGGGAACGUUAAUUUUAAAAUUACAUAUGAUCAACAUACAAAAAAACUGUUUGUUCGUGUGGACAACUUGGAUGGAUUAGCGCCAAAAGGAAAAGAUAAACGACCAUAUAAAACAGUUUUGAAACUUACGCUUUUGCCUCAGGAAAAAUCUACAAAAACUAGUAAAACUAUUGCUGCUGCUAUGAGCCCCGUUGUAAAUGAAGAUUUCUUUAUAAGUACCAAGUGUAUUACAAACAAAGUUUUGAGGAUAUCUGUUUUUGAUCAUGAAUAUCAAGGAAAGUAUGAUGCAGUUGGACAUGCUUUAUUUUAUUUAGAUAAUAUAUCACCAAGUAACGACGGUGCGCAAAGUGUUAAACUCUAUAAACAUUCUUGGCCUGAUAUAAAUCUUUGCAAUAUCAAUAUCAGUUUAAGUUAUAAAAAACAACAAGAAACUUUGCAUAUAGUGGUCCAUGAAGCUAACAAUUUAAAUCUGCCCCACGAAAAAUCCAGAACUUUUGUGAAAAUAGCAUAUUUUAGCAAGGGAAAACGCAUCAAGGAAUAUCAAUCACCAUCAGUGCCCAACACAAAAAAUGACCCUAAGGCAACAUACGAAUAUAAAGCUGCUAUACGAUUAGAUUUAAAUUCCACCGCAAAUGGCUAUGUAGUAAUUGGUUUAAAAGAAAAAGGAUUUUUAAAAAGGAAUGAAAGUAAUUUAGGGAGAGUAAUAUUUGGACCCUUUUUGUAUACAGAGAGAGGCUAUGAUUUAACUCCUUGGGGAAAAGUUCUAUUAACUAAAGAAGGUGUUUCAGAUACAUUUAAAACAUAUUUAUAGUGUACACAGAACAAAAAUAUAAGUAGGUAAAUAUUGAAAUAUAAUAUGUAGUAUAAUAUUUAUCGUUAAAAUGGAACGUUUUAUUUGUAUUGAAACUUGUAGUUUACCAAAUUGAAAAUUAUUUUUUAAUAAAAUGUCAUUAUGUUUCGGUAAAAUUGUAUUUUUUCUUUUUUGAGAUUUUUUUUUUCUUUAAUAUGGCGUAGGUUUAUUGAUGAAAACAAAACUAAAUAAAUAUUAAAUUAACAAAAUAACGAGGACUAGGGUAGAUAGAUUUACAAUAAACUAAUAAAUUUAACAAUAACAAAAAUAAUAAUAAUAAAAGCUCAAAUUAUAUUUAAAGGCGAACGUGAGUCUUAGACAACCAAUCCAUUGCUUCGCCAUCGCCCUUGUGAAGUCCCUCAAUUCCUCCUUUGUAUCUAGUUUGAGGACAUUCCUCCACAGUGUGUCUGGUGUUUUAUAUUUGUCCGCAGUCGCAAAGGGGAGAGGUUUUUUAUUUUCCAUUUAUGUAGAAGGUUUUGAGAUUGAAUAUUUAGUAUUUUUAACUAUAAACACUACCUAAUUGGAAUAUAUUAAUUUCAUCAAUGACAUUAUGUAUAAAGCUAACUACACAUUUAUUGAUUUAAAAAUAAUAAUGAUAAAAUAUAUUUCUAUAAUGUGAGAAAACCUUAUUAUAUAUAUUAUAUAUAUUAUAUUGAAUUUACCUGUCUCCGAAAACAAUUGUAUUUAUAAAUUGUAAGUGUUUAUAAUUUUUAACUUCUUUGUAAGUACCUAUGAAAACAAGUAUUGGAGUAUUUUCAAUUUUUGUUAUGAUAUUUUUGUCUAAUGUUAUUAUUGUUAUUAUAAUUUUACUUUUUUA